UAUUCCCUUGCUGCUCGCCACCGUCAGUCAGUUUUAAAACCCAGAGCCACAAAGCGCACUCUAGCUCAAAUUCUUAGUCUCAGAGAAACAUUCGCUAUUUUGAUCCGUUUGGAUUCUCCAGCUUCAAAAGCUAUUUCAGUUUUGAAUGGAGGGAGGAGACAGCAUAUUAGAAGCCAUCUAUGAAGAGGAUUACGUGGAGGACAUUGAUGAUGUUGAGAUGCUUGAUGUCGAAGAAGAAUUGGAGAAGCCCAAUUCCCAAAAUGAGAAGGGACUAAGCAGUGGCGGAGAUGUGAAUUUAGCAAGUCAAGGAUGUCAAAGUAAAAACAGCAAAAGAAGGGCAAAUAAGAAGAAGAAUAAGAAAAAGAAGGGUGGCGGGGGGCCUAAAGUUACUGACAUAAACAGGUUUGUCUUAGAUACGUGUAAGCGUCUGAGAGAGAGAAAAUCGUACAUGGUAUAUGCGGCUGUAGGUUGUUUGGGAGUUUCUGCAUUAAGUGAUCUUGUCAAAGAGGUGGAUGCGGUUCAGGCUUGUGGAGGUCAGAUGACUGCCGAUGGCGGACGCUUACGAACAGGUGGUGGUGUAUUAUGGCGUGUCAUCAAAGCCCGAGACCCAAAAGCCUACAAAGAUAUAAUGAAAAAGGCGAAGGAGUUUGAGAAGCAAUUCAAGCAACCAAAUAUUAGGCAAGAAACUGGGCAAAAAAAAGAGGGUGUCUCACCUGGAACUGCCCAUGCAUUUACGAAUGGGCCUCCAGUCAAUUUUUCAGACGGUUCCCAACCUAUAUCUCAGGUGCAGAAUCAACAGGAGCAGCCAAAUACUGAUAUUAAACGAGUCUCUGUUCAUGAUAGGUUACGGAUACCUGUCUCAUAUGAUGAUAGCCUUCUUGGAGAAGAUCCUGGGAAUGAAGCUGCUUGAUUUUUGGAUAAAGGGGAAUUUACUUGUGCUUGGCAUUGGAAACAUUCAGGGAUGGUUGUUGGUUUUCAUGCAAUAGAUAGAACAAAAUUUUUAGAUGCAUUUGGAUGGGGAUGGGGGUGGAAAGAUGUUCCUUGGAGGCAAGAGCUCUCUCAAUUACUUAUUUCUUGGUACUUGAGCGAUAUUAAUUUUGUUCAAAGCAAUUAUGACGUGUAUUACUUUUCCACUCAA